CCGGCAGGAUGUCAGGGAGACCCCCCUGCUCCCCGCGAGCGGCCUGGCUGGAGGAGGCUGGGGCCUCCCCGGCCUCCAGGCCCCAGCCGCAGCCCUAUGAGGAGACUGAGGUGCAGCCACUGCAGGCGCCCUCUGGCUCAGGCGUGGGCCCUUCUGCCUCGGCCGUGGCGCAUCAGGAGGAAGAGGACGCCCUGAGCUUCCUCCGCGCUUGCUGCAGCCGCAGACCCAAGGUACCACUUGCUUUUGUGCCGCGGCUGCUGGCCUCCUGCGGGCAGCCCCUGCUGGGCUCCCCUGACCCGCUCGCUCGUCUCUCCCCUCCGCAGCUCAGCGAGAGGCGCAGAAGCUGAGGUUUCUGGCCUCCAUCUGCGACGCCUGCCAAGCCGCCGUCGCGGACCCCCGCACGUGGGACGCGGUGUAUUUCUGCCAGCUGGAGGUGGCGCAGAGCAUCGAGGCGAGGGGACGCCCUGCCCCGCGGGGAGCACCCUCUGGCCGGGUGCUGGGCACCGGGAGCCGUCUGGGACGGGGCAGCCAUCCUGUAGGCUGUAGGCCAGCCCCUGGAGCCGCUCGCUGGCCAGGAGAUGCUGCCCUGUGCCAUCCAUCGCGCUGUGCCCUGCAGGCGCUGCUGCAGGAGGAGCCCAGCGAUCGCCUGGACACGGAGGUGCGGCAGAAAGCCAUGCUCGCCAUCGCCGCCAUGAGGUACCUGGGCCAGCACGGGCUUGGCCGCCACUGCCGGCCAGGGGCCCUGAGUGGGGCACAGGGUGCCGCACAGGGGGCGUUCCACACCUCUGCCCCCCUCCCCUUGCAGCACAGCGCGGCUGCUGCCGCAGGGCAUGACCAACGGCAUCCUGCGUGCCUGCUUCCGCGGGGUCUUCCACCUCCCUGGCCACGAGGACGGGACAGACAUGGACACGUCUCUCUACGUCAGGGUAUGCAUGGGCUGGGCUCUGGGGAUGCCACUGCUCCAUGUUUGGGCGCCCCGAGCCCUGUCCUCCUCUUUGCAGACUGUGGAAGCCCUGGACAGCCUGCUGCAGGCGCUGGUGAGCAGCGCCGGCGCCUGUGGCCUCCUGGAGCUGCAGAACAUCUUGAAGCUCCUGCUGCCCUUCACCCAGCAGCAGCCGGAGGCCAUGGAGGAGAGGGCCAUGGUGCGGAUCGCCGGGCUGGCCGCCUUCCUCAACACCUGCUCCUUGCCCCAGGUAGGGAGCCCCUGCUGCAGGCAGCCCCGGCGCCCCCGGCCUCGCUCCCCGGCUGCGGCUCUCCCCAUCUCCAGGCUUGCGCAGAGCCGGGGCUGGGGCUGGGGCCCUGCCGCCCCGCUCAGCCAUGGUCCCGCGCUGCCUCUCUCCCCAGGUCAGCUCCUGCUUUGCAGGAGCCACAGUGCUGAGGCAUCAUCACCCCGAGAAGCACCGCUUCGCCUUGCUUGGGAGGCUGGUGGGGUACCUCCUCCUGUGCUGCACCUGCGAGAGCGAGGGAAAAAGCCACGAGGCAGCCAAGGCUGUGCGCCACCUCUGCCUCUUCGUCACACAGCAAAGAAGCACAAGGCUGUGCGACCAGGAUGCCGAGCAGCCGCAGGGCUGGCAGAGCUGGCGAGCUCGGCUGUCCUUGCGGCUCUCCGAAGACAGCAACAGCAACAGGAUGUUCAUGGUGAGAAGCGCCAGCCCCGAGCCCUGAGCCCUGAGCCCUGAGCCCCGGAGGAGAGCCCGGCCCUGCGACAGCAGCAAGAGGACCGGCGCUGUCCCCGACAAAGCCCGGUCCCCACGGGGCCCGCACGCGGCCGCACCCCAGCCGGCGCCCAGCCCCUGCUCCCAGCUCUCCUGGGGCGCUGGGAGCAGCAGGGCUGAGCGGGGCCGUCGCAGCCCUCGCGGUGGCUGACGUGCUGCCCUUCCUCCCACAGAUCUUCAUGAAGUACCUGCAGCCCUCGGAACGCCUGGGCGUCUUCCUCGCCGCCGUCCAGAGCAUGAGAGCCCCGAGUCCCCACAGCACCGAGCUGGCUGCCCACAUGGUGGACGUGCUGGCGGCAGAGACCGACUUCCAUUCGGGACAGGUGCUCCACAUCGUGUGGGCCAUCUACAGAAGCCUGCCGUCCGUCAGAGCCGCGCUGGCCCUUCAGAGCCUGGACAGGGCCCUGCUGCUGCUGGCCAGCAAGCGCCCCAGGGAGACGGUUGCCAGCCUGCUGCAGUGCUCACUGACCUGCACCAGGUACGGGGCCCAGCAGGGCUCCUCUCGCACACCCCCAAAGCCGUCAGCCGGGCCGGGGGCGGCCCUGCUGACAGCCCGGGGGUCCCGCAGCGUCGCCGUCACCAUGUGGAGGGCGAUGGUGUCUGAGCCCCCAGCCACAGAGAGGGUGCUGCACGAGCUGCUCCGCAUCCUCAUGAACCAGUCUGGCUGCAAGACAUCCACCUCCACCAAGCACCACCCGCGCAUCCAGGCCCUGGCCGUGAGUUCCUCGCUUGCCCGUCUGCGUCUCCAUCGGGCAGGGGCAGGGGCAGGGGCAGGGGCAGGGGCCCCGCUCCCCUCCCCUGGCCCCUGCCAGCCUUCUCCGCACCCUGGGGCACCAGCCUGGGGGGCUGCGUCCUCCUCUGUCCCUCCCUGCCCACGCCUCCGCCUCCGGCUGCUUCCUGCAGGCAGCAAGGCCCCUCCACGAGAUCCUCCUGCUGCCUACCAGCCGGGGGGAGGCGAAGGCCAUUUUCCCCCAGCUCUUCCUGGCCCUCCUCUUCCAAGUGUCCUUCACCACGGAGCUGAAGCUGCAGGAGGUGCAGGUCUUCUGGGAGAAGCACCAGCAGGACCUGCUCACUCCCGUCAGGUGCCACAUCCCCGGCCCCUGCUGCUCAGAGGAGCCCAGGGCUGGGGUUCCCGGCGUGACCCGGGCCCUUCUCUGCCUGCAGGUCCACGGUGCAGGCCCUGAAAGCACUGCUCCGCAGCGUGGGCCUGGGGAGCCAGGUGCUGGCCAUCGAGGCGCAGGGCGUCUGGGCCGCGCUUCUCAGCGCCGAGAGCCACCUCUGGGGCGUGCAGGUGGUGGCCAGGUGAGAGCCCCUCGUCGGCACCAUCCCAGCCCUGGAGGUGACAGGGGCUUCUCGGAGGAAGUGCUGCCACAGCAUGGGUGCCCGUGGCCGCUGGGCUGGUGGCAAAAGAGAGCGCUGCAAAGCCAGGAGAGCUGGGCCCGCCCGGCUCGGGGCUGACGGCGCCUGCUUGCCGUUCUCCCUGCCAGGGAAAUGAAGGAGUUGCCCAGGAGCCUGCGCACCACCAUCAUCCACCAGCUGGUUGAGCUGCUCCGCACGGAGGCCUCCUCCUGGCAGACGGUGGCCAUGGUCAUCCUCAGCAAGCUGCUGGAGUGCACAGAGCUCGGCGACGAGCUGGACUGCGUCGUGAGCCUCUUUGCCAGCUACCUGCGGAGCCCGUGCCUGGGCAUGCAGAGCCUGGUGCUCAGGGCGAUCCUGGGGCUCACCGAGAGGCCGGCCACGGUGAGCGGGGGCAGCCGGCAACGCCACGAGUGCCGCGGCUUGGGCUGGGCUGGCCCCGGGCUCUUGUGGCUCGGCACCUUGCCAGGCAGCGGGGAGGGGAAGGGGCGUUGGGCGGGCUGGGAGAGUGUUUUCGCCCAGGGGGCAGUCAUUGCUUUCCCCAAAGGAAGGUGUUUUGUUCACACAGGCGAGGCAAACGCUCGUCCUGCUGCCGAGCAUCACGGAGCAGCUGCAGGCUGCAGACAGCGACACCCGCGCUGUCGCUCUGCCCAUGCUCAGCACCAUGCUGCGGCUCCUGGAGGGGAGGACGCUCAGCCUCGCGGCUCUGGAGCUGGCCAGCAAGCUCCCAGCCCUCUUUGGCGACGUAAGGCUGCGUCCCCAUGGCUGCGUCCCUGGGACAGCCCGCUGGGGGCUCUCCCUGCCCGCUUCCCAGCCCUGGGCGCUGCGAGCCCUUGGGCAGGCUCGUUUUGCAGCGCUUUUGGGGGCUCGGGGACUUUGCCCCCAGUGGGACCCAUGUCCCCCUCUCGCCCUCCCCAGGACUCAAGUACGGUGCGGCUUCUCUCUAUUCGCCUCUUCCUCGACACGCUGGGCUUUGUGGAGGGCAGCCAAGAGAAGCUGCAGCAGGUGGCACACAGGAGCCUGCUCCCGCUGUCCUUCCACCUGCACGACCAGGACGAGAGCGUGGCCGAGGCCUCCCGGGAAGCCCUCCUUGGUGUCGCGCGCUUCCUGCGCUGGAGGCAGCUGGCGCACCUGGCCGAGACGCUCAGAGCUGGAAGAUCAGCGAGUGCCUGCUGGCCAGGAGGAGCAGCGCAGCAGAGGAGUACCUGGCCCAGAGCCUGCCCUACCUGCAGAGCCUGCAGGAGCCCCUGCGGCGGGAGGCUGUGAGGUUCACUGGGCUCGUGGGGAGGCACCUGCUGGAUCAGCACCAGAGCAAGAGCCAGGACAUCUGCCAAGGUGAGCCAGGGAGGGGGAUGGCAGGAGCCUGUCCCCUGCUCCCUCCUGGCUGUGCGGAGAGCUGGGGGCAACGUCUGCGGGGGGCCGGGCGCUCUGCGGGCACAGGGCCGUCACCUCGCCUCUCCUCUGUUCUCUCAGUCCUGCGAGGCUUGGCAAACGACCCCUGCGAGUCGGUCUCAUCGCUGGCGAUUCAGACCUGCAAGCACCAAGGCCACGCUCGCGCUUCAGCUUUCGGCAGCUGUGCUCCAGGCUGCAGAAGGCGUGGAGGAGGCGACGCUCUUCCCCGGCAGGCAGCUGAGCGUGCUGGAGAGCUCCCGGCAUCUCCUCCUGCCUGCGGCGCAGCCCCGCUCCCCGGGCACGUUGCCUCCACUUCUCCGGCCUUCUGCGUGCCGGGGGCAUGCCCGAAGCAGCUCCCGAAGCCCAUGAACAACAGGGCUUCAGCCGGCGCCUCUCCAGCAGCGAGCCUGCUCCAAGACCCCCGCUUCGGCCUGGGACACUGCCAGGGAUGGCAGAGCCGCAGCUCCACUGGGCCACCCGCCCUCAGAGCGGAAAGUGGCCUCCUCCUCCUCCUUGUUGCCAUCAGAGCUGGCCAGCAGCAUCCUCAGCUACACGCAGGCUGUGCCUCCCCAGCCCCGGGGGCACUGUGCAGCCCUCCCUGGAGCGCAGCUCUGCGCACACGCCCCACGCCUGGGGGCCUCGCUCUUUUGCCCUCUCUCUGGCCUUUCGCGCGGUCUCCCCCAUUUCCCUUCCCUUCCCUUCCCUUCCCUGCCCUGCCCUGCCGUCCCUUCAUUUUUUUCCUCCCUCUCCCUUUUCCCUUUAAUUAAACUUUUUGUAUCUCAAACCACAAGCUCCAUGUGUCUGUCGUAUUUUCUCCUCCUGCCUCUUGGAGGAGGGGCAGGGAGAGAGCGGCCGUGCUGGAACUCGGCUGCCCACCUGAGGAAAACCAGCACCCUGUUGGGACAGCAGGGGCGUGCUGGAGUGCUGCCUUUCUCCACUUCACCAUUUUCCCGGAGGAAGGAUCUGCCCCCUCUGACUCUGGCCAGCACUGAGCGUCCUUUUGGGUUUCAGACCAUGCAGCCCAGAGGCUUUGAGGGACCAAAGAAGCCUUUUAGGAUCCAACACCAUUUUUCUCUUUCUGUUUUUCCUUUUCUGUUUUUAUUUGUUUUCUAUUUAUUUAUUUAUGUAUUUAUUUUGAAUCGUACAGACCCAAGGCCU